CAGGCCUUUUAGUUUUAUCACAGACCAACUUUUCCUGACUCAUCCACACCACUGCUUCCCUUUCUUCCAUCACUUUUCUUCCUCAUAACUUGCAUUUUCUCCAAAAACCAAAGAAAGAAAGAAACACACACACACACACCUCUCUCUCUCUCACUCACACAUGGCAGCUUUUUCAUACCAAUACCAUCCUUUUCUUGUUGACCCUGCAUUCUUCCCCAACAACUUAAACACCCCUUCCCCUCCUCCUCAUCAGUUUCAACAACUCCCUCAUGAAACAUCAUCUUUUAAUGUCACAAACCAGGAGACUAGCUGUGUUGAUCAGAGCUCCAAGAUCACCAUCAGUGACAAUGAGCCUUCUGUCACUGAAAACCUUAGCCCUCAGUCCUCCAUGGUAGUGGACAAGCUUGAAACUGGGGAGCAGGUCACUCAGAAGGUGAACACUCCUGUGGAGAAGAAAAGGAAAACCAGAAAUGGAUCUUCCUUGACUAGUAACCCCCAAUCCAAGGAUGCUGCAACAGAAAGGAAAAACAAGAAACAAAGGAAGGGCAAUGGUGGGUUGAAAGAAGAGGACAAGGCAAAAGAAGAGAAGAAGGAACAGAGAAAGUGUCCCGAAGAGCCUCCAACAGGCUAUAUCCAUGUCAGAGCAAGAAGGGGUCAGGCAACGGAUAGCCACAGCCUUGCUGAAAGGGUGAGAAGAGAGAAGAUAAGUGAAAGGAUGAAGGUGUUGCAACGGCUUGUGCCAGGCUGUGACAAGGUGACUGGAAAGGCCCUUAUGUUGGACGAAAUAAUCAAUUAUGUUCAAUCUCUACAGAAUCAAGUUGAGUUCUUGUCAAUGAAGCUUGCUUCAGUGAAUCCCAUGUUUUAUGACUUGGCAACGGAUCUAGACACCCUCUUGGUUAGACCAGAGAAACUAAAUAGCAUGGCAUCACCAUCACCACCACUACCAUCUGUGUCACAUUGCAACAGCCCUAACAACCAAGCCACUACUUUUGCUGAUACAACCACCAUGACCCCCACCAACAUCUUCCACAUUGCUAGUGACUAUCUUUUGGAUAAUUCAGUCUCAUUUUUUCUUCAAGGGCAGAGGUCAAAUGUGUUCUCUGAGGAGGAUACUGGUAGUCAUUUCUGGGACGCAGAGGACCAGCGGCAAAAGUUUCUUCAUCCAUGUGGAUUCAGCAACAACUUAUGUUCCUUUCAUUAAUAUAAAAUUCAUAGAGCUGCCCUACAAAACUACGAACAUGUUGAUUUAGCUUUUACACUAGCUAGGUAAGGAAAUUCCAAAGAGGCAUGAGAAUGAGCCAACAAGAAGUUAGGUAUUAGGAGGAAAAACCAAAGCUACGCUUGGUAUCGGUAUAUAAGUACAUCAUCAUUCCAGGGUAAUUCGUAGCGUAAAGAGUCUGGCUUGGUUCCUAGUCCAUCAGAUUAAAGUGGCCUUUGAAGAUGAAUAAUUAAGGGGCACCAAAAUUAAUGGAUGAAGAACCAAAAGGACAGAAAAUACCGACCAAAUAAGACCAUAUCUUUUUCUAGAUCCAUUGUUCUGUUUCAGUGAUUGUUGACUCUCCAAGGACUUAUGAUGCACAAAUUCCGAGAGACUAUCAAUCCUAUAUACAGAGCAGACAUUGAAAUUAAUUUCUGUUCCAUGUAAAUUAUAUCCAAGUAUUGAUUCUUGUGGUGGCAGUUAUUCUGUUGGUACAGUUAAUUUCACCAUUAUUGAGAAAUGAGGGGUUGAUGCAACUGAUCAUGUUCUUGACAUGACUGGCCAUGCAUUUGUUUGUUGGUCUAGUUAGCUUUUAUGUAUAUGUAUCUUCAGAAUCUUCAGAGUUUUGGCAUCAUCAUGAUUAUUGUUGUUAUUAUUAUUUA